AUGAUCGUUCAUAACCCCGAUUUUCUUUUUCUUGAUUGUAAUUCAAAUGGCUCUGAUGCUACCAUUAAGCAUAACUACAAUGAGUUUGAUCCAGAAAGGGUUGAGGUGAACCAGCUUAUCAAAUCAAAGAAUGAGAUAUUGAGAAUAUUGGAAGAAGAAGAGAAUAGAAGACAAGGAGUAAUGAGUUCAUUGAAGAAGGAAGAAUUAAAUUUCUCUUAUAUCCUAGCACAAAAGGAUGAACAAUUAGUAGAAGUGGCAAAUAUAAAGUUGGAGUUAGAAGAAUAUGUAACAAAAUUAGAGAGUGAUAAUCAAUUGUGGCGAAAAAAUGCUGAUGAGAAUGAAUCUAUGGUAUUAUCUCUCAAUAAUGCCUUAGAACAUAUAAAUAGAAAAGCUUCUUAUUAUCCUCAAGAUAUAGAGUCAUGUUGUGACAUGAACGUGCUUGAAGAAGAAACAGAUGAGAAUGAGAAUGAGAAUAAUAUAGUGUGUCAUGAUCAUGAAAUUACAACAAGAUUAAAAAUGAUUUGCAAAUGGUGUCAUUUGAAUGAAUCAACUUUCUUGUUUCUUCCUUGUCGACACCUUUGCUCGUGUAAAGCAUGUGAGUAUUUUCUCAAAGCAUGUCCGGUGUGUUUAAUGGAAAAGAAAACUAGUAUAGAGAUCCUUUAUUUUCAAGACUUAAGUUAG